ACCUCUGCCGGGGAGGCCCCGGGAAGGAGGAAGAGGAGGAGUCCUCAGAGGCGGCUGGGGAGGAAGCAGACUGUGCAAGUCGUGGCACGGUCGGGGCAGGGAAAUUUUGGGAAAAUAAAGCACUUGUAAAAGUGAGUCACCGCCGCAUCCUUCCUCCUGGAAGGAACUGUUAAUUUCUAAUCUGUCCCGCUGCGCCGAACUCUCCAAAUGCGUAAAUUCAGCGAGGGUCACCAAAAUCAACGGGAUUGCGACACCCCCCGGAACGGAGACAUCCAUCUCUAAGGAAUGGGAAACCCCCGUGGGUGCCGGGCUCCUCCCGGCAGGAAGGGGAGCCCGGGGGGACAGCGGGGGUGCCCUGGGUGCUGCUGCCGGUGCCGGGGCUGUGCCAGCCUCAGGGCGGUGCCGGUGGGGCCGUGCCGAGCCCCAGGGCUCUCCCAGGGCAGCGCUGCCUUGGGCACCACCCGCUGCCCUCGGUGUUCCCGUGGGUGCUGCCGGGCACAGAGGCUAAGCCUGGUGUCCCCCACUUGGUUCAGCACCCAAAUUCGUCACCCGGAGGUGCGGGUGGGUGUGAGCAGGAGGACGGAGCAUCCCUCAGAGCAUCAGGCCGUGCUGGGAUGCUCUGCACUUCCCGCACCUCCACCUCCCUCCUUGCCAGGGUAGAUUUUUGCCUUCCACAGCUGGAUUUGGGACUCGAAACACCCCGUGGUGACACGUGGGUGACAUCCCUGUCCCCGCUGCCAGCCGCCACUGCCCUCUUUUGCAUUGGGGUUUCGGGGCAGCCGGCGCUGGUUUCAGUUCAACCUGUUGGCUGCUGAGCGGUGACAUCAGUGUGAAUCAAAAAGUCUCUUUCCCAAGAAGCCAGGACUGGGGGGGUCCUGCCAGCUCCGGGAUGAGCCGUGGGACCGCAGCCUCGCAGGCUGGACCCACCCGGACUCCCUCGAGGAACUGACUCGAAGAACAUCCCCAUCGUCCUGCCGGCCCCAUUUCCUCCCGCCGCUGCUCUCACCCUGCUCAUUGGGCCCCGGGCCAUGCCUUCACUUCUCGCUGCCUUCCGUUGGGUCCGGGUGCCUCCUUCGGAGGUGGGGGUGACUCGGGUGCGCUUUAAAAGCCGAGCUUCCCCAUCGCCGAGCACUUAAGGAAGUGGCUUGCGCGCCCGGCAGCCCCGGGCGGACACCCUGCCCCGGCCAUGCGGUGCGACCGGCGGCCCUGGGGUGUGCUGGCAGGUACGUGUGUCCCGUGUCCCCGUGUCCCCGUGUCCCCGUGUCCCCUCGCGCUGCCCCGGCCGCUCCGGUGUCCCGGGAGCCGCGGAGGGAGCGCGGCCGCGGGGCCCCCAUGGCGGCUGAGUCAGCGGAGCGGUGGCAGAUGGCACCGAGGCUGUGCCACAGCAGUGUCGCCUCCCUCGGGGGCUGCCGGGGACAGGGACGUUCCCCGCUGUGGCACACGGGGAGCACUGGGGGUGGGCAGCCUGGGAGAGAGGGGACGCUGGGAGGGGCAGGCAGGAGGGGACACUUUGGGGACCAGGGGCAGAAGGUCAGGGGUCAGCUUGCCCAAAGGGACAGAGGCUGUGUGCGAGCUCAGUGCCAUACCCAAAGUGACAGCGGGACUGGGACAGUGACUGGCCAGAGCUGGACAGCGGGACUGGAUCAGGAGUGUCGCUGCUGUCCCCUCUUUUGCGGUGGCCCGCGCUGGCAGGUGGAGCUGCUGGAGCAGCUGCUGUGGUUGGUCUGCACAUCCUGGCUGCUCCAGAGCAUCCCCAGCAUCAUCAUCCUCCUCCCCACCGGGUGCCCAGCAGCUUUUUGUCGCGGGGCUGGGUCAUCCCUGGAGCGGGGACAGGGCUGGGGUGCAGGCAGCAUUCCUGGCGCGGGGGUAGGGUUGCGAGAGAGGCUGUCCCUGCACCCAGCCAUGCCCCUGACUCCCUCCUCUUCCUCCCCAGCUGUCGCCAAAGGGCUCCUCAUCCUCUGGGCAGUGCCGGGCCAGGGGGGCAGGUCCCCGCUGGCCCCCACCGUGCAGCAGACCCAGGCGCUGGUGAGGCUCAUGGCCGAGGAUGCGCGGGAGCUCUUCACCUUCUACGAGAAGGAGCAGCACCUGGCCAUCCACAAUAUCUGCCGCACCAGCAACACCCCCGAGUGGCUGCAGAGGCCGGCCAAGGGGCCCUGGGGGCUGCGGAGGCUGCGGAGGCCCAUGAUCCACAUGGACCAGGCGCUGCAGGACAUCAUCCGGCACCAGCGCAACCUCUACCACCCCGAGGCCGAAAUCCUUCGCCGCUUGAGCAGGACCCACCGAAAGGUGCGAGCGCUCCUCAACAACCUGGCGGGGCUCUUCCCGGCCUCCAGCCCCCGGCCCGGCCGCCGGCCCCUCCCCAGCCCCGCGGCAUCCCUCAGCAUCUUCCGACAGAAGCUGCAGGGCUGCCAGAUCCUCUGGAGCUACGCCCGCUUCAUGGCCGAGCGCAGCGCCGAGCUGGACGCCGAGAGCCGCCGGACGCGCCGGGAGAAGGGGAGAUCGCGCAGGGGCUCGGGGCUGCCUGCACACCCCUAGGGCAGCCCCGCCGGCACUGGAGUUCCUGUCUGCAUCUCCAUCAUCUCCAUCAUCAUCUCCACCAUCUCCAUCAUCUCCAUCAUCUCCACCAUCUCCAUCCCGUGUGACGCGAUCCCAGCCCCGUUCCCAGGAUGGAGAUGCCAGGAUGGCCGGGGAGCACCACGGAGCCUCCUCACGGUACCGAGCCUGCGCUCCCCGUGCCAGCACUCGGCUGCAGGACAGCCCUGCUUGGCUCUCGCACAUCCUGCCCCACUUUCAUUGGAUCCAGGUAGCCCCAGUGGAGCCGGGUGUCCCCCGGGUGCGCGGCUGUUCCCUGUCCCCGAGCCCUGCCGGAUUUUCCAGUGAUUCAAUGGGUCGGGUGACACAGCCUGACUAAGAGCUGCUGGCCCAGCACCCCCACCGGGCCCACGGAGAGCGCUGCUGCCACCGGCGACUGUCACCGGUGCUGUCACCCCUGCCUGCCCUGUGCCAGCUCCGCUCCCAGAGAGCAGCUGGCGUGUCCUGUGUCCCUCUGUGCUCGGUGUCCCCAAGCUCAGUGUCCCUUUGCACAUCCCUGUCCUCAUCCCUGCUCGGUGUCUCUGUGCUCUCAGUGUCCUCCGGGAGCGCACUGGCUGUUCCCAUCCUCCCAGCAUCCCUGUCCCCUCCGUGUCCCCCCUGAGCCUCCCAGGCCGUGUCACCACAGCCCAGCACUGUGACAGUGUGUGACAGCCCCCACUGCCUUCCCCCUAAUUUAUACAUUAAUAUUUGUGUGUUUACUGUAUUUAUUGAUUGUUAGGGUUAAUUUAACUCCUGCAGCUUGCAGAAGUAUUUAAGGACAUUUCUAAUAUAUAAAUAUCUAUUUUUAUUAUAUUUUUGUAUGGUGUUAAACUAUGAACAUCACAAGGAUUUAUUUAUGUAUAUUGGUAUUUUUGGUACACAUAGAAGGGCAGUGCCCUCACCCAUGUGGCAUUUCUUUA